UUUAUAAACAAACAAUGAUGACGAUGAUGUUGUGAUAAAAUUGUUGUUAUUUAGAAUUAGAUAAAGUUGACAGUCGUGUAGAAUUAAAUAUGGGAGGCACGGAAAGUAAGGACCACGAUAGAGAUGAAUCAAACUAUUUCUCAGAUGAAGAGAAUGUGAAAAUACGUGAAAUAUUCUCUAAUUUAUGUCACACAAGUAAAAAACAACAGGUUGUUCAGUCAACAGAUUUUGUGAAAUAUUGUGAGAUAUUACCGACAGUAUUGAGUGAAGGUUUGUUUAAGUGGAUGUCGUCGUCGUCAUUAGAUGGUAAACAAUACCAUGAUAUAACUUGUCAACAUUUUAUACAAUGUUUAGGAAAGUUAUUACGCGGAACGAUAACAGAAAGAUGUCAUAUUGUGUUAUUUGUGACGUCUGAUGGUCAAACUACGUCAACUGGAGAUCAGUUAGUCAAGUUUGUAGAGAUGAUAUUACGGGUAUUUCAACAUGAUUUGUCGUGUACUAAAGAAUAUAAAAGUUGGAAAUUAAUUACAACAGAUGAAGGUUAUCACAGAUUGGCUUUAAAUAUUCUAGAAGAUCUCUUUCAUUCGGGUUCGUCAAAAGAUAAAGGUAUGAAAAUACCCACAAUUCCACCACCAUCACAGCCGUUUACAGAGACAGAAAUAGAGGACUGGAUGUCCAAAUCUUCAAUGUUUCUACAAAUAAUGGAUCGAGUGUUUAGCCGAUGUUUUAAGAUCAGUUCAGAAGGCGGAAAUAGUUCUGGACGUUCUUGUCCCCGACUUCCCCUAGUGACAGAUAUAGACUGGUCGAAAUUCACGUCCAUCUUAGAUCUUCCUUCAUUACUCUACCUCAAUUCUACACUUCCUGUUAAUCUACAGACAGAAUGGCGACUGUUGUUUAGCAACUGUCUCUAUGGUGAUAGUUUUGUUCAGCUGAUACAGCGUAUUGUAUGUCACGGACCUACAGUAAUUAUAGUCAAAGAUAAAAAUGGUCAUAUAUUUGGUGGAUUUGCAAAUGAAAGUUGGAAGAAAAAUUCUAAUUUUUAUGGUGAUAGUAAUUGUUAUUUAUACCAGAUAAAACCUCACCUGUCUGUUUAUACACCAACUGGUUAUAAUCAACAUUAUUUAUAUUAUAAUCAACAUGUUACAACAUUACCUAAUGGUUUGGGUUUUGGUGGCCAGUUAGAAUAUUUUGGUUUAUGGAUAGAUGAGAGUUUCUCAUCAGGUCAUAGUAAAGCUGGUCCCAGAAAUACAACUUACGGCAGUCCUCAGUUAUCUAUAACUCCAGAGUUUGAGAUUGACACCAUAGAAGUUUGGGGAGUUGGACCGGAGAAAAAAAGGGAUGACGAUGAUGAUGAAGGGGUUACAGAUGAGGAGCUGGCAUCACGGAAGAGUAUACUAGAUAAAGAUCCGGGAGCGAAGGCUAUGUUAUCUUUAAUAGGUAGAGGACCUUUAAGUGAAGGAUUACGUGAAGGAGAUGAAACAGCUGAUAGUCCAGAAGAAACAAAAAACACAGUUAUUUCCCUUUUUUAACUCAUCCGACAUGAAUAUGUUUAAGAUGAGUAAUUACAAGAUAACUCCAUCAUCAACAUGUUGUUCCCUUCAACAGAACUAAUCCAUCAUGAUGCAACUGAACAAUUUCUAAUUAUCUAAAGGCUUAACUACUAUCGUACGUUGAAGUGUGUUUAAACUUGGUAAAGGUAUCUUGAACGUUUUUUAAAAUAAACUCCACAAACAAAUGGAGAUAAUAAUUGACUGUUUUUAAGUCAUGGAUAUAUCUCUUGUUACCAUGACUUAGAAACCAGAAACAAGCCAGGGAUUGAUGAACGGAGAUCAUUGCCCGAACUUCUGGAAUAAUAAUUGAAUGUUAUUUAUCUGUUGUCACCAUGAAUAAUCUAUGUUGUGAUAUGUUUUAGUUUUUAUGUGAGAAAAAGAAAAUCUCCAUUCUAUGUUGGUGCAAUAUAUAUAUAUAUGAUAGAUGUAUUGAUUGACUUGUUACUAAAUAUAGACAUGACAUCAUCUACCAUCAAGAUGUUUUACACUCUAGUUAUACAGUAUGUUACUAAAUAUAGACAUGACGGGUGAUUUUGGUGUGGCUAAGUGGGCUAGAUGCUGGAUGGAUAGCCUGGAGGUCAGGUGUUCGAUCCCUUUAUUGGCCGAGAAAGUUCAUCCAGUAUUUCCGGUGUGGAAAUCCCCUGUCAGUGAUGCAGGAUGGAGAACCUGACAAGGACAGCUGUCUAGUCCUUCGGAUGGGACGAAAUACCAACGUCCUGUGUACACAUAGGCGUGCAUGUAAAAGAUCCCUUGACAGUUGGAAUUCGAUAUAAGAGUAGGCCGUAGUGCUGCUGUCCAGGAAAAAUUCACCUCGUAGCACACUGUAUGGUGUAUGCCUGUUUUCAUUAGGCCAGGUCGGAGCAGAACAGUAGGACGUUAAACCCCAUUUCAUUUUAUUUAUUUUGGUAGACAAGGUCGAGAAACUAUGGAAUAUCUUUCAUUUUAAUUGACACACUAAAGCCAAUCUGUAGUUAUUUUAAAACUUGUAAUUCAGACAAAAAUGAAUUUUUCCCAGCUUAAAGAUACAUUAUGUAAGAUUUAGAUAAAAAAGCUAGGCAUUCUUGCUAUAAUAGUUCAAAAAUAGAUAAUAUAAAAUGAAUAAUUUGAAAAUUUCAUUCAAAUUACCCUAUUGCGAGCGAAGAUAUUAGCCUUUGAAGGUUUGACAAGACGUGUGCAAUAAUUUCAACCACCCCACUGGUUGUUCGAAGCUAAGUCUCGCUCCUCCAUUUUUAGCUUAAAUCAAAAUAUGGCUGAACUGUUCUAAUCUAUUUAAUAUCAGAGAAAUCCGAUGCCAUUGAGAGUUGAUUAUGGUCUGGAUAAGUUAACUAAUGUCUAAUUAAUAAUUUAGAUAAUAUUUCAAACCUAAAGAAAGACCUGCAAUAGGCAGAUUUAGCUCUUGUAUAAUGUAUGUUUAAAUCUAUACAAACAAUCUACUGAAACUGAUUGUAAAACACUCAACCCUACGAGAAUGCCCCAAACUUCCCUCUAACAUGCAUAUAGAUGUUGCGUACGUGAAAUGGUCCUAUAUCUCGGGUGAGUUUAAGGCAGUCUAAGUAACAUCAGUUUCAGUUUGUUCAUAGAUCUACUGUUUUACCUGAAAUGGUCCUAUAUCUCGGAUGAGUUUAAGGCAGUCUAAGUAACAUCAGUUUCAGUUUGUUCAUAGAUCUACUGGUUUUACCUGAAAUGGUCCUAUAUCUUGGGUGAGUUUAAGGCAGUCUAAGUAACAUCAGUUUCAGUUUGUUCAUGGAUCUACUGGUUUUCAUAUAUUACUCUUCUUUAAUCUUCUACAUUUUGGGACUAACAUAUGGUUCUAGCAGGGAACAAAACCACGCCACUUGACUGAUUGACAGACUUUUCGAUUUAACGUGAGACCAUAACCAAAGUCUGUUAAUCGAUGAGCAAUUGUCCAAGGAACAAGCCUGCAAAGUUUCAUGUCAAUCACCCCCAAUGUCAGUAUAAUGUUGGUAUAUGUAAUAUAAUAUAAGAUUGGUAUAUGUAAUAUAAUAUUGGUAUAUGUAAUAUAAUAUAAUAUUGGUAUAUGUAAUAUAAUAUAAUAUUGGUAUAUGUAAUACUAGAAGAAUGCCCGGCUUCGCUUCAGGGGUCAUAACCCCGAAACCGGAAGUGGUAGACUAACGCCCCCUGGCCUAUGUUACUCCCCGGUCCGAGCUACCCCUAUAGCCCAAAUUUCAGACUCGGGGCAGACCUAGUGUAGCCGCCAACCCCGAACAGACAGACAAACAACAGUCACAAAUAUUAGUAUAGAUAAUAUUGGUGUAUGUAAUUUAAUAUAAUAUUGGUAUAUGUAAUAUAAUAUUGGUAUAUGUGUAAUAUAAUAUUGCCAUGACAAAGGGAGGGAAAGAGAGAAUUGCUGUAAAUAUAUGCUCGCGACCAUAUAGUACACAUCCUCAUGAACUGAUUUUAAAAAUGUUCAUUGGGUUAAAUCUAAAUGAUAAGAUUUAUUUUUAUAAAUGAUCUCCCACUCAAUAUUGAAUCAAGUCAGAUAGAUUUAUUUGCUGAUGACAGUACCCUGCAUUGUUCACACAAAGAUAUUUUAUCUAUCGCCAGUAAUCUCCAAAAUGAUCUCUAUCUGGUUGCUAAAUGGUGUGAAAACAAUGGUAUGGUAAUCAAUCCUUCGAAAACAAAAUCAAUGCUGAUUUCAUCAAAACACAAAAGAAAUCAGAAAAACCUAACUUUAUCACUCCAUGGUGAGAAAAUUGAGAGGUUUACUACCGCAAAAUUACUUGGAAUUCAAAUUGACCAAGACCUUAAUUGGGAAGCACAGAUAGCAGAUAUGUCUAAAAAACUUGCAUCAAAAUUAUUUCUCCUAAAUAAGAUAAAAGAUCAUUACCUUACGAGACAAGAAUUUUGUUUUAUAAUAGUUACAUACUACGAAUGUAUGACUAAUACUCUAUUAUUUGGGGGAAUGCUACCAAAAGUAGACUAGACUUUCUUUUAAAAUUACAAAAGAAGGCAGCAAGAAGUAUUCCCCUUACACAGAGGAUUCUUUAUAAUAAAAUUGUCCAUAAUAUUCAACUGAUGACAUAUUUACUAUUUUCCAUGUAUAUUUAACUUGCAACUGCAUUCUAUCUUAUUUUAUGUGUAAUUAUAGUGUUUUUCCUAUAUUCUACUUGUAUAAUGUAUAUGUUUUGUAGUUUGGGAGUGACUUCCCAAACUUCACACUUUAAAAUGCUAUUGCAUUUCAAAUGAUUUUGAAUUUAUCCUGAUAUUAAAUGUAUAUAUAUGUCUUUGUAGCUUUGGAGGGACUUAUUGAAGAUUAGUUUUUUGCAAACUAAAUAAGUUGCCUCAUUAAAUAAAGUUUUUAUUAUUAUUAUUAUUAUCACUAUUGAUUGGAAUGGACCAACAGUUUGUGUUUGUAAUGUUGAAGACUCUAAGCAAAAAAUAAAAAUUUUAUUCCUGAA